UUCCGGGACAGCCUGCGCGGGCACAAGGUCACAGUUAAAGUGGCUCCUGUCCCUUCAGCCCCGCCACCCACGCCCCCUCCGCGCGCUCACCCUGAGGCACCUCCUCCAUUCGGCUGCCUUCGGCGUCUCCGCGGUCACCGGAACCUGCCCUUACGUAUUUCCGCCUCCAGGCGCCCAAUCUGACUCUCCAGCCGCGCGAAAGUUUCGCCCAAGGGUGGCUGAUGGGGGAGGAUGGAGUUUCUUGGAACCACCCAGACGACCAGUUACUGUGGCCCCAAGAAAGCCUGUGGCUUCAGUGCCCUGCCCCCGGCCGUGCCGGCCCCGGAGAUCCAGGAAUGUUACCAGCCCUAUUACCUGCCUGGGUACCGCUACCCCAACUCAGGGAGACCCAGCCUCUUCUACAAGAUCUCCAACGCCCAGACCUGCAUGGAUGAGGGAGCGAUGUGCCUCAGCGCCCUGAGGCCACCCACCAUCCUGCCCGCGCUCCGCUCCGCACUCUUCUGUCGCUACAGCCCCCAUGACUGGGACAGGUCCAACAAGCUGCAGAUGCGCGGGGCCGAGGCUUCUCGGCUGCGGGCCAGCCGGCUGACCGGCGACUCCAUGCGGCUCAUGCAGGACAAGGACCAGCUGACCCGCCAGAUGCAGGAGGGGACCAGCCGGAACCUGGGCCAGAGGCUGUCCGACAUUGGCUUCUGGAAGUCUGAGCUGGGCUACGAGCUGGAGAGGCUCCUAAACGAGAACCGCAGCUUGGAGACAGUCAAGAGGCGGCUGGAGUGUGUGGCCGAGGAGCUCAACUGUCCACUGCAGGUUGCUCUGGAGUGUCUGUACCAUCGAGAGAAAAGGAUCGGGAUCGAUUUGGUCCAUGACAAUGUGGAGAAAAACCUUAUCCGGGAAGUAGAUUUGCUAAAAUGUUGCCAAGAACAGAUGAGAAAACUAGCUCAAAGAAUUGAUAUCCAGAUGCGGGAUAACCGAGAUGCCCAGCAUGCUCUGGAGAGGGACCUCGAGGACAAAACCUCAGCCCAGUUUAUCGAUGAGAAGUGCUUUAACCUGAGGAACACGUCAGACUGCAUCAGCUUCUUCCAUGGCAUGGAGAAGGUCGAUGGCACGAUCUCUGUGCCCGAGAGCUGGGCCAAGUUCAGCAAUGACAACAUCAGGCACUCGCAGAACAUGCGGGCCAACUCCAUCCGGCUGUGCGAAGAGGCCGAGAAUCUCUUUGAGGCCUUGUCGGAUCAGAUGUGGAAGCAGUUUACCCACACCAACCUGGCCUUCAGUGCCCGCAUCUCCGAGGUGACAGACGCGAAGAAUAAGCUGCAGACGCAGCUGGCGAAGACGCUGCAGGAGAUCUUCCAGGCAGAGAAUACCAUCAUGCUUCUGGAAAGGUCCAUCAUGGCCAAGGAGUGCCCACUGAAGGUGGCGCAGACGAGGCUGGAGUGUCGGACCCGGCGCCCCAAUGUGGAGUUGUGCAGGGACAUCCCACAGUUCAAGCUCGUGAACGAGGUGUUCACCAUCGACGACACCUUGCAGACUCUCAAGCUGAGACUCCGCGAGACGCAGGACACGCUCCAGCUGCUGGUAAUGACCAAGUGCCGGCUGGAGCACGAGCUGGCCAUCAAGGCCAACACACUCUGCAUCGACAAGGAGAAGUGCAUGAGCAUGCGCAAGACCUUCCCCUGCACGCCACGCCUGAUGGGCUAUACCUGAGCCGCUGCCGCCAGCCCCUGGCAUCCUGCUCUGCGCCUGUUCCGUGUGCAGCAUAAAAAUGGAAAAGGCAGAAAAACAAAAUAAAGUGUCAUUUUCUCCCUUUCCUCCUAUCAUGGAAAGAAAAACCACGUUAUAUAAAUAUAUAUAUUGAGAGCCAAAAUAAACGUGC